AUGGCGCAUGUUCAUUUCGAGUCCAGUUUAGCACCAUUUACAGAAAAACCACUCUUCGAAUAUAGUAUUCCUCUAAUAGAUCGUCAGGUGCCAGGAAUUAACAUUGAAGCCCGAAAUGACUUGAUCGCUAUUAUGAAAGAUUACAUUCAGAAAAGGAUUACAUAUGAUACAGCACGCGAUAGGUUUAUAAAAAUAACAGGAAGCUCAACUGCAAUUGAUAAAAUUCGUGAUGUAAUUGAAAUUCCAGAUCAACCAAUAAAGAGCCAAGAACUUCCAGAUGAUCCUGACGGAAAGAAUCGCCGUAAAAUGCAGAAAUGGUCAACCUAUGAAGAUAAUCGAUUACUUGCAGCUAUUUAUCGAUUCGGAAUUGAUAAUUGGGCCCUCAUUUCAAAAUUUGUCGGUAAUAAUCGCAGUCGUGCACAGUGUACUCAACGUUGGACACGUUGCUUGAAUCCAAGAAUUUGUAAAGAAACUUGGGAACAGAAUGAAGAUCAAUUACUUCUUAACUUAGUUGCCCGCUUUGGAGAUCAUUCAUGGACAAAGAUAGCAGAAUUUAUGGGUAAUCGCUCAGAUGUUCAAUGCCGUUACCGUUAUUCUCAGAUAAGUAAAGAAAAUUCACCAAACCAGGAAUCAUAUCACGUUGCAUUCCCAUCAAUGAUGCAAAAUCGUGCUAUGGAUUCUGGCGCCCUUCAAUUGCAGCAGCCAAAGAUUGCAAAUAUGCAGUUCCAGCACAGAUACUCUAUGCCUGUUAUUCAGGUUAUUCAUACAUACGUUUAUCAGCAACCUCAAGUACAAGGUCAGGUUAUGGUUCCCAUGAACGAUCAACAAGGUAUGGCAUUAAAUGCUGUCGAGCAGCCCAAAUCGAACGAGUUGGAUAACUUCCUUAUAAACUUCCAACAACAAGGCAACUAG